GACCCGGCCGGCCGGCCGGUACGCGGUUGCGCUUUCGUGCAACGAGCCGGCGACCUAAACGUGCAGUCGUACGCAUACGUCGAUCAGUCACGGUCGCCGCUCGCCAAUGGCCGCUGUGGAGGUGGAAUUCCGGCUCCCACUCCCCGUCACACCAGCAGCUGCAGCUACAAAAUCCAUACGCACACUUCCUCGCCCAGCAGCCGAUCCUCCGGUCCGCUGACUCGCUCGCGUCGCGUGUGGUGGAUAGAGCACCCAGCUCUUCGGCUCCGUUCGCACGAGCUGGGCCGGGGCUUCUGCAGCUCUGCUGGUCUGCGGCAGCUGAUUGGGGGGGUCAGGUGCCUAGGUGGGGAGAGGAGUUUGGGCGGCGACCGAGCAUGCCGCCGGCUGCGCCGCGGUCGUGGAUGUGGUCGUGCGGGUGGUGCGGGAGGAGGAGGAGUGGCGGGGGCGCGGGUGAGACCGGUGGUGGGUCGGGCGCGCCGGGGCGGGGGCGCGAGGGGGAGGAGUGGAGCCUCUUCAUGGACCUGCACGUGCUGGAGGCCGCCACGGCCAACUUCUCCGACGAUAACCUCCUCGGCCGCGGCGGCUUCGGCCCGGUCUACAAGGGGGUGAUGGAGAACGGGCAGCAUAUUGCUGUGAAGAAGCUGUCGCUAGGGUCACGGCAGGGCGUGCGUGAAUUCCUGAACGAGGUCCGGCUUCUUCUCAAGGUGCAGCACCGGAACCUGGUGUCCCUACUUGGCUGCUGUGCUUCCUCCGGACAAAAGAUGCUUGUCUAUCCCUACUUUCCCAAUGGCAGCCUCGACCAUAUUCUCUUCGACAGGAAGAAGAGUGUACAGCUAGAUUGGCCAAAACGAUACCAGAUAAUCAUUGGAUUAGCCAGAGGCCUCCUCUAUCUUCAUGAAGAAUCUCCAGUAAAGAUCAUCCACAGGGACAUCAAGGCCAGCAACGUGCUCCUUGACGACCAGCUGAACCCAAAGAUUUCAGAUUUCGGCAUGGCGAGGCUCUUCCUUGAAGAUGCCACACACGUGAACACAUUCAGAAUCUCCGGUACAUUUGGUUACAUGGCUCCAGAGUACGCGAUGAACGGCUACUUGUCUGCAAAGACUGACGUCUUCAGCUUCGGGAUCCUGGUGCUGGAGAUAGUGAGCGGACGGAAGAACAUGGUUCGUCAUCUUGACGAUGAGAAAAUCGACCUCUUGAAUUAUACAUGGAAGCUGUCCGAGGAAGGAAGGUCGCUGGAGAUCGUGGACCCAUCUGUGCCCGACUGGAACACCGAGCAGGCACUGCUGUGCAUCCAGCUCGGCCUGCUGUGCUGCCAGGCCGUCGUGUCGGACCGGCCGGACAUGAACAGCGUGCACCUCAUGCUGUCAAGCGACUCAUUCACCUUCCCGAAGCCCGGGAAGCCGGCGAUCCACGGGCGGACCGGCCGGUGGAUGACCACCACCGCGUCGACCUCGGCGUCGGGCUCCGGCGCCUCCAACACGAACACCGCCAGCACGUUCGGCACCGACACGAACACGACGAAGGCCUCAACGUUGGGCAAUAUUGCCGAGGACGAGUCCAGGAACUCCAUUUCCAUAUCCUUCACCACGGAAGGCCGGUAAAAUUAAACAAUGUGAGAACGGUGUAAGUAAAUGAGUAAGACUAUAAUGGUGUGAUUUGAACAAGGGUAAUGUUCUUAAUUGUCAGCUAGGUUGAUUUGUAGAAUUUCUUUCGUAUGGAGUACAGUUGAGAACGCAGACCAGCUGGUUUCACUAACAAGAGGAGGAGGAACCUACAGUUUGCCAGCUACAAAUUGUUACCGCGUUCUUCGUGUUUUUUUUUU